GUAAUCUUUAUUGACAUGCGAUUCACGCCCCAUCGAAACCCACAAUUGCAGUACGAUUCUGCCGGGCCUGUGUCGGACAACGACUCCUUGACGGACACCGAGGACGAGCUCGAAGAUUUGGGCGAGGUGCUGGACACACUGGACCUGAAAGGCCGGUUUGACUAUGUGCGGAAGGUGUGCGAUUACAGGGACGCGAGCCAUGUUUCAGAGGUGGUGGACCACACGAGGGAGUCCUCUGUUGAGUGGGACGACGCUGAGGUGGCGACGAAGGACGAUUUCGACCCAUUGCGUUAUUUUGCGGACAUGUUGUCUGAUCGGCUGGCGCAGAGUAAAAAGCGAGUUUUGCAUGUUAUAGAAGCCGAGGAAAAGCGCAAGAGGCUGGAAGAGGAGCGACGCAGGGAGGAGGAGCGCAAAAGGGCGGAAGAAGAGCGCAGGCGGAUAGAAGAGGAAGAACGCAGAAAGAAAGAAGAAGCCGAGAAAAAACGGCAGCUUGAACUGGAGCAGGCGAGAAAGCGCAUGGAGGAGGAAGAGCAGAGGAAGAAAGAGGACGAGCGACGCCGAAAGGAGGCCGAGGAGGCCGAGGAGGCCGCCAGGAAGGCCGAGUACGGUAAAACCAACUACGUGGCUGUUGAACAACAGUAUCUCAAGUACAAGCAGGAUAUCGCAGACAUCAAACGAGACGUUGUGGAGAAAAUGAAGGAGCCGGCCAAUAAGGAGCUCAAGAAGCUUGUAGGCGUGCAGAAACGGAAGAUCAACCCGAAGUUUGGCCAGCUGACAAACAGCGAGCCGCAGUGGCAGCGAAUCAUGUCGCAGAUCCACAGCCUGGUCACUGAGGCCAAGAGCAAUGAGCUAGCAUACAGGUGGCUGCUAAAUUUCAUGGCCAAAGCAAUCAUUUCGCAGGCAGAGACAGAGGUGACAGUGAAGCCAGACAGCGCUGUUCCGCUGGCGAAACUCGCUCUGAACCUGCUAAUUGUGUUCCCAGAGUUUGAGUACUACCUGAUGGCGCGGUUUGUCAAGAAAUGUCCGCUUGUGAUCGGCUACACGUGCACGAUCGACACAGAGCAGGGCCGGCAGCGUAUGGGCUGGAAACGAAAGGCAGACGGCAAAUGGGAGGAAGAUAUUCAGUACGACGAACGGCUUUCUGGCAUAGCGACAGUGUAUGCUGUGAUGUGUCGGCUGCAGAUCGACGCGACGUUCCUGGGCUGCGACGCGGCCCAGACUAAACACCCGCUUCCGAUCUCACGAGCAUGGACAAUGAUGAGCCGGCUCGUGAACCUGCCGCUGAAUCUGGCCACCAGUGUGCACUUUGCGGUGGCUGGGAUGUGGUGGGACUCGUGCGCAGCGCAGAUUUGCGCCGCGUACGGCAGACAGGGCGCAAAACUGCUCCGGGUCACGUGCGCCGACUGGACGCAGGCUGUAGCCGAGCGCAAGUACAGCGGGGCGGCCCGUUUGCGGCUAUUGGGGGAGGACUGGCAGCGGGGCGGCGAGCUGAAGCAGUUCAAAGGCAUGACGAGCGAGGAUGCGCCUUUUCCGCUGGUGAUCCGCAACACCAGUGUUGUUGCCGGGUUUGGCCGCGGCUCGGCCGAGAUGGGCAUUCCCACGGCCAAUGUGCCCGUGGACAACGAGCCCGAGUUGCAGAAGCUGGUCACAGGGGUGUAUUUUGGCUUUGUGCGGCUGCUGAGGCCGGAACAACCGCCGCAGAAGAAGAUAGUGUCUCGUUCGGACGGAAAGAGCGAGGUCGAGUUCACGUACGGCGCCAAUCUGGCAGACAGCGAUUUCGAGGUGCUGCCGAUGGUGAUGUCGCUAGGCUGGAACCCGUUCUUCAAGAACAGCAAGAAGGCAUGCGAGCUGCACAUUCUGCACGAGUUCAAGUCGACAUUCUACGGGUGCAAGCUGAACUUCAUCAUUCUGGGGUACGUGAGGCCUGAGCUGGAUUAUGAAGUACCUGGCCACGCCAGAGUACGCUAAGUACGCAGAUAUAUAGAAUAACACUCUACAUGAGUUUCAGCUUGUCUUUUCUGCCCAUGAUCGUGGCAACUGCCACGGUCAGCAUCUUGCUGAACCAGAACGCGUUCAGAAUGUCAAGGACGAAAUUUGUCGAAAGAAUGAUGAUGGCCGUCGACAGCACGAACCGCGGGUCGUGUCGCGCGGCGUAGAGGUCCCCGGCCAGCCUGUAGAUCUGGUACCAUCCCCAGAAGAUUCUUGCUCCGAAAAACGUUGAGAUCAGCACGAUAUUGUUGGCCAGCGCGAGCCACUGAGGCACGAGCUCGGGGAACUUGAGCGCAACCCAGCGCAGGUUCAAAAACGGCGUCGAAACCUCAAAUAGCAGGAAAAUCGGGCUGUAGUAGUGGAUCAUCUGGGUGCGGAUGCCAGACAGAAAGACAGUGCUGGCCAUGACGCCGUGGAUCAGAAAGCCCAGCCCGAAGUGCUGCAGAUGACGCAGCGACAUCGCCGUGUCCCACACAAAAUAGCUCGCGGCCAGUGUGCUGUACAUUUCAGAGUACGGCGUGGUCGCAAAAACACGGUCCUGGUUGAGGUAUUUGUUGUCGAAGAGCGGGAUUGCCAGCACUACAAUCAGCGUAGACUGGAUAAAGGACACAAUCCGCAUGCUGAAGUCGAGCUGGUCGGUUUUUUUCGGGACCAGAGACCGCAUUCGGGGCAGCAGACAAAGCAACCGACACACCAGAUACAGCCCGUGGUAGAAAAGCACGCCCAACACCAGCACAUCCAGGACCUCGAGCAGUUUGCUGCCCGUGCGGUCGGGCACAAUGGCGUCCAAAAACGGGACCCGGACGGCGAUCGGGGCGCGGUACUCGCAGGAUGCC